GGAGCUAGGGCUUUAGUGCCUGGCAUUCUCGGAAUGGUGCUCUGGCGAAGGGUUUCUUAGCAGCGGAGCGAUUUUCCGGCACGCGAGCGCGAUGAGGCAGGUCUUUGCGGUCGAUGGAGGUAGGAGCUGCCGCAUAGAAUGUAGGAAUCUCGACAGGAAGCGCUCCAGGAGCGACAAGGAUAGGGAAUCCUCUCGGCAUGGGGGCUACUCGUCAAUGCCGUGGGAGGACGAGGAGGAUGAGCUUGGCUGGGACGAGGAGGAUGAGUUGGAGUUUCAAUCUUUCCAGAAAUCCCUUGGCAACCGCUCCGUGUCAUGGACAGGCGGUGGCAUGACGAUUCGUGCUCGAAAUUCCAACGCCAGAUCCCACCCUGAGAAUGGCAGGGAGAGCUACCAGGAUGGCUAUGGCAGGGAUUCUUUUUCUUCUUGGGAGCGGAAGCAGCUGCCACGGUAUGAUCCAUACGACCUCUGGGACUCGGAGGAGGAUUCUUCUCCCAAAAUUUAUGACAAUUUUGAGGAUGAUUAUCUGCGAGCAAGAACUCACAAAAGAGAAGACUACAGAUAUGACGAUCUCGGUGGACGACCAAUGCCACCACCACGCUCUCUGGGCGGCAUUUCCGCGCGACGCCAUUAUUCUGGUCGAGAGUCUCCGGACUUUUACCCUCCUGCAAAGGAUUACCAGCGCGAGGAUUACCAGCGCGUGAGAGAGAGACAAAGAUCGCCGGACAGGGAGCCUUAUGACUACUAUGCUAGUAGUUGGAGAGAUCAUCACGAUGGCAGAAAAGAUGCUGAAUUACUUGCGGCAAAAGCCCGUGCGAGAAGUGAGGAGGACUUGCCUCCCGGUUUUGAACGUAAGCCUGAGAGCAAACGAUCUCCGAGCCCAGGACGACAUGACGAACGAGACCGGAGGUCAUGCUUCAACUGUGGUAAAGUUGGGCAUCUGAGCGCCCAGUGCCCGCUGAAGACCGAGAGAGGGGAACGAUCGCCAAAACGUUUGAGGCCGUCCGAGGAUGACAGGAAGAGAGGCCGUGGGAAGCAGUGCUACAACUGCGGUGAAGAAGGCCACAAGAGCAGAGUUUGCCCAAGGAAAGUCAGUGUUUCUGUAACCAACAAGGAAGAUGGUGGAAGACGUGCGGAUGAGAAGCGAUGCUUCAAUUGCCACGAGAGUGGUCACCUUCUCUUCGAGUGCCCGAUGUUUUCAGAUGGUGAUGCCCCUCGAAACGAAAGCGCUCGAUCGGCUGCGGAUAAUGCCUGUGUUCUGUACAAGACGAAACUUACUGACGCGGAGAAAAACCAGUACCUCAGGCAGAACAAAUGCUUUACGUGCGGCAAGUCGGGCCAUCCAUACUAUAGCUGCCCCCAGUCCGAGAAGCGACUGGAGUAUGUUUUCGAGGACCGCGAGCACAAGUCUGCCUUGAAGCUGCUGAAGAGUGCCUGUUGGAAUUACUGGGAUGAUAACGGGGAAAUGCAUGGCCCAGUUUCGCUCUCAUUUAUGUCAACCCGACUUCAAGAGGGCAUUAUGGACAAGAAUGUACUGGUUCGUCACAUGUAUGAACACAUCAAACCAAUCCCUCUCGAGACACUUUUAAAAUUUUCGAAAAGCAAAACGGUGCUUUCGCUGUUAGGAUGCAUGCCGGAGUCGGCAUCAUUCCUCGGCGAGGAGAUGGACGCCCAGAGCUGCGUGGAUAAGUCUCUAUCGGCCUUCCAGAACAAGCUUCAUUUCGACAUCUAUGAAACUACGGUUCGGUGGUUUUUUAUCAGCAGUAUGAACGAGGCAUUGCAGACUUAUAAAACAGCGAGAAAGUAUUGGGGGAAACAAGUUUCCCAAACCGCGGAGGACUAUUCUGAUCCUGAUGGUAGCGGACCACCUCAUAGCUCAGAUUGCGAGCUCUCCUCUCCCGAUGGUGUUCAAGGGUCGAAAGAAAUGGAAGGACAUUCACAGAAGUCAGCAAUGUUGGUGGAGUGUUGUGAGAAGUAUGUUACCGACUCGACAUUGGAAGAUCCUAUGUCCAACUCACUGGCGGCAAUUCAGAAGUGCAUUCAUUCCGGAGUGCUUGAAGCAGCACGAGGAGGUAUCGUAGACGCCAUUGUGGGAGAGUAUCUGCACACGUGGGACAUCGAACGAAAAGCGAAAGCGAGCCAGAAGGAGCCGGUGAUAGAGGUGAUUGAGACCACGUCAGUUAUAGAGGAUUGGACCUACGAGAAAGCUGGUCGAAAGGAGAAAGCUAUAGACGGAGAGGACACGUCGGAGAUGGAAAGCUCCCCUUGCGUGAGGAAGAACAAAGACAGGAAGGAGCAAACGGUUGAAGUCAUAGACAGCACGCCAGCAAUGGAGACUUCUCUGGUAUCUUGGAGGAUCAACAGGUUGAAGGAAAGAGCCGAAAGAGCGGUAGAGAGCGCGGCAGCAAUGGCCACCUGGACCAAGGAACCACAAGAAGAAAACUUGACAUCGAUGCCCAAUUCACCGGUGGUAGAGAUUAUCUCUGAAGACAGCAAGCACGAGCACAGCGAAGAUAGUAAAGCUACCGCAGACUCGUCUCCUACGCCUGUCGGAACGAACAAAACUACCGUUUUCAAGCGUCUCAAGAGGAACUGUCCUUCGAAAGCCGUAGAAGAGCCCACCGUUCCUGCUCCAGAUGCAGUCGAUCUCGACUUUUUCAUGCCUUACGAGAAGAAGAGAAAAGUUCCUGAACCAAGAGGCGGUCCUUUGAAAGUUGUCAUCAAAAGCUUGAACAGGUCCACUGGUGAUAAAAAAACUGAGGUCAGCGUGCCAACUCCAGCUCCAGUUCUAGCGAAUGAGAAAACUACGAUCUUAGUCGACGAGAAGAAGAAAACAAUGGCUGAACCGAGGAGCUGCCCUCUGAAGGUUGUUAUCAAGAACUCGAGAAAGACCAGCAUUCCAGCUCCAGCUAAACUCGACUCCAUUCAGAAGAAAAAAGUCGCUGAACCGUUGAAGGCUGUAAAGGAGAGCAUUCCAGCUUCAGCUCCAGCCAAUUCUGUUCAGAAGAAAAAAGUCGCUGAACCGUUGAAGGUGGUAAAAGAGACCAUUCCUCCAGCUCCAACCAAUCUCGACUCUGUUCAGAAGAAAAAAGUCGCUGAACCGGUGAAGGUGGUGAAAGAGAUCAUUCCUCCGACUCCAGCUUCAGUUCCGGCUGAGAAGAAGAACACCGUCUCUGGAAGUGAACCUCCGCAGCUGGUACUAAAAGUUUUCCGCAAGACAAAGAAGCCAAAUGACACUACUAAGGUGACAGCGAUUCCGUUGGAAACAGACAAGGCCGUGGCAAAGAAACGAACGCUGAAGCUCACGGAGCUCACCGAUGCAAAAGCUUCCGAAUCGGAGACAAAGCUCGCUACUAUCAAGGAACAGACUGAUGAAUCUAGUGAUUCUACACUCAGCGAAGAAGAAGAAGAAAACGAAGGCUCUCCGCUAAAAUCGUUGAGUUCCAAGCGGCCUGUACCAGCUAUAUUGUUGCAGCAGGACGAGGCUAGACAACCGCAACUUCCAGGCUGUGCACGAAGCUCACUGCCUGGAUCAGAGUGGAAGCUAUGGAAGACCAGCUACGAGAGUUACUGUUGCAUCGAUCGCAAGCAAUCCAGGGCCAAGGAGAGAGCUGGGACUUUACCGUCGGCACGAUCGAACAGAGCUGGGGUUCGCAAGCUCGGCGGCUCAAGAGCUAUGGAGAAGAUGAGAGCACGCAAAAAGUUGCUAAAGUUCCAGCGCAGCAAGAUACACGCAUGGGGAGUGGUGGCUAUGGAGUUCAUUGAGCCUGAAGACUUCAUUGUCGAGUACGUUGGAGAAGUUCUUCGUCCAAAGGUGGCAGACGUUCGAGAAGUUCGAUAUUUAAGGCAGGGACUUGGUAGCAGCUAUUUUUUCCGCGUUGGCGAUGGCUUUGUGAUUGAUGCCACCCAGCGCGGAGGACUCGGAAGGUUUAUAAAUCACUCCUGCGAGGUGAGUUUCCAAAGUCUUUGUAACAACAACGUUCUCAUCUUAAAACACCAGCCAAACUGCUAUGCCAAGAUCAUCACAGUAGAGGGACAGAAACGUGUUUUUAUUUACGCAAGAACACACAUUGCUCCCGGGACCGAGCUUACAUACGACUACAAAUUUCCUCACGAGGAUCAGAAGAUCCCCUGCCUCUGCGGAGCUGAAAGGUGCCGGGGAUUUCUAAACUAGCUUAGCCGUGUCGAGACGUGGCAUUUCCCCGCAAAACACUCGAAUCGUGAGAGAGGGAUCUCCCCUACAGUCAGCGAUGUACCGGACGAGCAAAAGAAUCUCUACCUGAAGAAGAACUUCCACACUUCCCGCGUGCUCGAAUAGCCAUCGGGAAACUCUGCGACGAGAUGAGCGCCUAGAAUGCCUGUCACAGCAAGAGCUUUCUUUCAGCCAUGGAACCAAGCGAUCGAUCAAAGCAAAGAGCCUUACCAUCGUCUUCGACCAUGUUCUUGAACUGCCGGCUGCCACCGCCACGUCCAAAGUAGUGCUUCUUCGCCGCUACGUACACGACACCGUAGUAAGGCCUGAGGCACUGCAACAAAAGCCGACGGGGUCAAACAGUGGACAGUGGAAAACAAAUAGAAAAAACAGACAAAGAUAAGGACGGAGAAAACCAAGGAAGGGACAGCAAAGAGAAGAACACAGUACCUUUUUGAGCAGGGUGUAAAGCUUGGAGAGAGACGAGGAGCUGUAAAUGGUGUCGGACAUGAGGAUGAUGUCGUAGCCAUCCUCUUGGUA